AUGACUCAAAACACGUCGGACUUCCCGGCCCCCUACGGCCAGGAUGCGUCGGGCCCAGAGAAAAACCUUGCUGCCGACGAGGCUUCGUUUGGCAAUGACGAAAAGAAGGAAAUCACCCCUCCGUAUGCGCAAGACGCCUAUGGUGAAGAAGAGUUCGCGGAAGUCAAAUACAAAACCUUGAGGUGGUGGCAAUGCGGUCUGCUCAUGGUGGCUGAAACGGUGUCCCUCGGUGUUCUCUCGCUACCGGCUGCAGUGGCAGGUUUGGGCUUCGUUCCUGCCAUCAUCAUUCUUGUUGCGCUAGGUAUCUUUGCGACAUAUACGGGCUACGUUAUCGGACAAUUCAAAAACAGAUACCCCCAGGUUAUGAACAUGGCGGAUGCGGGUGAGGUUGUGGCUGGUAAAUGGGGUCGUGAGAUUCUGGGAGUUGCCCAGAUGCUGUUCUUCGUUUUCGUCAUGGCGAGCCAUUUGCUCACUUUCACUGUUGCCAUGAACACCCUCACAGAUCACGGCACAUGCUCAAUUGUCUUUGGGGUUGUAGGGAUGGUCGUUUCGUUCAUUCUUUGCCUGCCUCGGACUCUUGAAAAAAUGUCCUGGCUUUCGCUUGUUUCAUUCAUUAGUAUUUUCUCGGCCGUUAUGAUUUGCAUGAUUGGAAUUGGCAUUUCCAAGCCGGGAGCCGACAACAUUGUGGCUGUUGUUGAUACCGAUCUCUACCACGGUUUCACUGCGGUUACCAACAUUGUUUUUGCCUUCUGUGGACAUGCUGCCUUUUUCGGACUUGCUGCUGAACUGAAGGACCCCCGCGACUUCCCCAAGGGACUGUGUCUCCUUCAGGGAAUUGACAUCUGUCUCUACCUCGUUGCAGCCGUUGUGAUCUACCGCUUCGGCGGAGCAGAUGUCAGUUCACCAGCCCUAGGCUCUGCAGGCCCAAUUGUUGGCAAGGUUGCCUACGGCAUUGCUCUUCCAACUAUCCUUAUCGCCGGUGUAAUCUACGGCCAUGUCGCCUCAAAAUACAUCUAUCUGCGUAUCUUCCGUGGCACCGACCGUAUGCACAAGAACGAUUUCGUUGCCGUCGGCACCUGGGUCGCCAUCGCCGGCGCCCUCUGGGUUCUAGCCUGGAUCAUCGCCGAGGCGAUCCCCGUCUUCAGCAACCUGCUCAGUCUCAUCACAGCUCUCUUCGCAAGCUGGUUCACCUACGGCCUGUCUGGCAUUUUCUGGCUCUACAUGAACAAGGGUGUAUGGUUCGCCAACUGGAAGAAGGUCUGCCUUACACUUCUGAACGUCCUUGCUUUUGUGGUUGGUGCGGUGCUUUGCGGAAUGGGUCUCUGGGUUUCUGGGAAGGCGUUGCACGAUCAUCCCAGUUCUGCCAGUUUCUCUUGUGCGAAUAAUGCCUAG